CUGUGAGUGGCUGCUGGCUGGAGCUGCAGAUCGGCUCGCUCCUCCGCCGCCGCUGGAUGUGUACGCAAGCCGCGCGCUCUUCUGCACGGACGCUCACAAAUAUCUUUAGCACUCUUUCUGGAUUGUUUUUCGUUUCUGAUGUUUCUCAAGUGCUCUCCGAUGCAGAGAAAUGGGUAAACUUCAUUCCAAACAUGCUGCUAUCUGUAAAGCGAGGGAGAGUCCUGAAGGCGAUAGUUUUGUAGUUAACGCGUGUUUGGCGAGGAAAGGACUGGAUGACUGGAUGGUUAAACAGAAGUAUUACUGCUCGAGCUCUCGUGUUGAUCAGCAGGACUGCCAGCAGAAAAACAAUUGCGAGCUGUCUCCACGGGAUCCACUGGAUGAAGGAUAUGCUGAAGGUGUCAGCGAUGAACAUUAUCGUUUAGAAGUGGCUCUGCCCCCUGAGAAGACAGACAGCUGCAGUGUGGAAGAGAGAAUGCAGGGCACGGAAGGCUCUGCCACUGUUGGCCCACACAAACAACUACAGUUUGAGGAGCUGGAGUGUGCUGUAUCAGUGGAAGAAGAUAACAGACAAGAGUGGACUUUCACUCUCUACGACUUUGAUAACAAUGGCAAGGUCACCAGAGAGGACAUCACAAGUCUUCUGCACACUAUAUAUGAAGUGGUGGACGCGUCAGUGAAUCACUCCCCCAGCAGCAGUAAGACCCUCAGAGUCAAAUUGUCUGUGGCCCCAGACUCCAGCCAGAGAUGGAAGAACUGCACUCAGACUAACGCAGACACCCCCAAUCCCAAGCAUAAGGGAGAAAAGUGCAUAGAGGACUCCAAGACUUCAGAGAAGAAGUCAAGAGCUUUUCUUAGGCGGUAUCAUGCCGAGCACCACAGCCAGCAGGGUUGCCAGCGGCACUGUGUGGAUGAGAACCUGGAGAGAAGAAACCAUUAUCUUGACUUGGCCGGCAUUGAAAACUACACAUCCCGCUUUGGAACAGCAGCUCCUGCCACCGAACCGGCAAAACCUACCCACGCCACCCGUUCGUCCAAUCAGAGCCGCUCGCGCUCUCAAGAACCAGAGAAUGGCCAGGUUCACCCGACUCACCAUCGCCGCUCACAGACCAUCUCCACAGAUCCACCUGCCGUUCUCACCCGACACACACACGCUCUUCGAUCCCCCAAAACCCACCGCACGCCACCCACCCAGGCCUCUGCAGGCCGAGUUAUGAGGAGAGGAGCACCACCUCCCCCAUCGGUCCCCAGCCAGACCCCUCCGCACCAAAGCUCAGGUCCAUACCGACGACACAAGCAGAGGCCUAAAGAAUCGCUGCACUACCGGGCCCUGGGGCCGAGUGUGACGUCCGGCCCGGUGCUAGAGAAAGAACAUGUGAGGGAUCUGCCCAGUCUGGUGCUUUAUGAAGGAGGACUUGCUCAGGUGGUCCAGAGACACGAGCAUCAUCAUCAUCACGAACAUCACCAUCACUAUCAUCACUUCUACCAGUCCUGAAGAGUCAAGCAGGAAAGACAUGUAACUAAUCAAUUAUCUUAAAUCUUCUCGCACGGCCACCUUGAGGCCGAGAAGGACACAAGGCAUCCCGAUCACGUGUGUGCAUUUGUGUGUAUAUAUAUAAAUAUAUAUAUAUAAGUGUGUGUGUGUGUGAGAGAGGUUGUGUGGGUCGGUUUGAAUGUGUGCUUAUGUGUUCAUUCCUGUCUUUGGCAGCAGGAGCUUUGGACAGGUUUACAUAAUACGUAAGGGCUCUAUGUUUCUCUUUCUUGCUCUUCUUCUCUCUGCCUAUCUUUCUUGUCCUCUCUCUCCCUUCAUAUCUUGCUCUUUUAAUGCUUUUCUGAUUGGUUGAAAAGGUGAUCAGCCCUGGUAAAUGAAGAAUUUAGAGUUGUCGAAACCACUUUUGAAGGAAUUCAAUUCCUUGGUUUUGUAAUUUACAUUAUGUGGGUGUGCGUGUGUGUGUGUGUGUGUGUGUGUGUGUGUGUGUGUGUGUGUACAUGUGGAUCUGCGAAUCAUUGUGUGCCUAAGGUGUCUUUUUUUACACUUAUCCUGUUUUUCUUUCUUAUAUUUUCCACUGAAGACCACUUGAAAAGCACUUCUUGUGCCAUUGCAUUCGAGACACUUUAUCUACGAAGAGCUUCUCUCAGAAACAGCAGAUCUGAAUCAACACCUUUAAAAAUGCAAUACAGGAUACAUGUACAGAAAGAGCCAGUAAAGACGCUCAAACUGUCAGAGAGAACUUUGUUGAAGGACGGUGUGAGAACUACACUCUACCAAUCUACAUGAAGAAAACAGAGCAUCAUAAUCAGCUGCUACCUCUAGUAUUAUUAUUAUUAUUAUGAUUAUCGGUAUUAUCGACAUCAUUUUUUUAUUAUUCAGAUUGAAUUUUUUUUAUUUGUCCGUCUGUUUUAAUAUGCCACCAAUCUGCAGUUAUAUCAAGAUGUACUGGAUUUAAAUCCAUCGUAAGCUUUAUUACUGAAACAUUUGUAUUCAUUAUUUUGUUGUUGUUGUUGUUUUAAUGUUUUCCUGUCCCGGUAACAUUAAGCUGAUUUCAUUGUAAGACCACUAGGCAUCAGAGUUUAUAGCUAAAUAUGUGUAUCAUACAAUAUGAGAAUAUUGAUUGUAGAGUAAUGUUCUGAAGUUUGUUAAAAGUAAUUUAUUUGAAAAACGUAUUCCUGUCAUGCUUAUGGCAAGUCAAAUCAGUUGAUUGGAAAACACUGAAAACAGUUUAUAUUGUAUGACACAAUAUUAUACAUCAUAUUGUAACUGCGGCUGGUUUAGUAUUAUAAGUUCAGAAAGAAGAUCAUUCAAGUUGUCUAUUUUGACCUUGUAAAGUAUAAAGGAAUCUGUGCUGCCAAGGAUCAAUAGCGCUUUCAUUUUCUCAGGUUCAUUUGUUCCCAUUUUAGUCAUUGAUUUGACAAGAGAGCUGUAAACCACUGGACUAUAUGGACAUUUUGUUUGCAAAUCAUUUUCUUUUAGUCUCCCAAAAUAUUUCCUCAGACUGAUUUUUGGUUUUGUACACCAUAUGGUAGUGCCUUUAGCUCAGCAUUGGCAGAUUAGUAGCAUAAAAAAGAUGUAUUUGGUUUAUUUGGAGUUCAUCUGUUCCCUUGCAGCAGUUUUAAACUGCGUUCAAAUAGUACAUUAUGAUCUAUUUUAGGUUCGACGUAUUCCAAGUCACCUAGAGGGAGUGAGUGUGUAUGGCAGCUGUCUCAUUCCUCAGGGGCAGGAUGACAGUAUCGCCGCCUAGGAGUCUCCAGUCCUCCCAUAACUCACCAGUACCCCACUGACAGAGACUUAAUGAGUGUGCGUGUGCUUCCGAAAACAACAUUACAGAAGAUUAUGAAGCAGAACAGCCGUCCUGCUAUUGAGCAGGUGUGUGUUGAAACUCACAGCAGGUCCUUUAAUUGUAGCUGAAUUUAAUAUAAUCUAGCUUGAUAAUGAUAAUCCAGAGGUGUCAACAUGGAGAGUGUUUAGCAAGUUAAGAAAUAGCCUGUUAUUGUGAGUGAUGGGGUGUGUUUAUUCUGUUUGGAUAGAGGCUGACUCUUCUGCUCAGUAGGACGGUGGAAAUGUGAGAGCAUCACUCUACACGAGACUGUAGAAAACACACCUGCAGCUUCAGGGUGGUCUCAUCACGGCUAGUAAGUCAGUGACACUCGACCUUCACUCAGUCUCGCUGUUGCAGGGGAAUGAAUGUGUGGUAUGAAGCUUAGUUCUCCCUCUCGUUUUAUCAUUCUGUUAUUCCUUACAGUGAGCUGUCUCCAUUUUAAAUAUGUUUUGCUGCUAAAAAAAUGCACCGAUGGCUUGGAAAGAAAAUGAAAAGUUCAAACACAAAAUAUAUGACUGCGCAGUUCAUUCAUUUAUAAUAAUAAUUCCUUUACAUCCUACAGUGGUUAUUUUUUCAGUGAGUCACCAUAUUGUUUAGAUGUCUGAUAGGAUCAGAAAUAUGGAAGGCUAUCGGGGCCAAAAGUAUUUCGACAAAAGAAUUUGACCAUGAACAUGCACUUUAUGAUCAGAUCAAUUUCAGAUGAACUUUAUGAUAUUUGAAAAAUGGCAGUUUUGGACAUUUUGCAUUAGUUCGCUUAGACGUGCACAGUGUGACCUUGUUGAUGAUUUUGUUGGUUUUGAGUUUUUUUUCUUGUCAAAAUAUCUAGGUUCUUAAUUCAAGAAGCAUUUUCUAGAGAAGCAAAACUCAUUGUCUUGUUUUUCAAAAUUCUGCGAGAUUAAAAAAAAUCUGCCAAAGGGAUGAGAAAAAUUACUUUAUUUCAAACUUAUUUCAAACAUAUUUCAAUACUAACCGUAUAUUAUUUUGCUUAGCAUUUUGGUAGUGCAUAUCAAAAUCUGUAUUCUUGAAGCUGGGUGUUGUGUUACCUUCCAGUUGAGCCAGCAAAAAAUAAACAAAGAAAGAACCCAAAAAUGGCCCAAUUCCAUGGGAAACCCAAGAACUUUGCAACAAAAGUGCCAAGAGUUGGUGUUAGAGGCUGCAAUUUUUAACAUCCGCACUACCAUGUCCGCCUCCCAUGGCAAAACAUUGGUUUGAAUCCUGUUCUGGGCAGGUCAAGUAGAACCAAAUGGAUUACGUUUGUACACUACAAUAACCUUCAGAAAUAAACAUGACUUAAAGUCUGUAUACAUAAAGCACAACAUACUCUCUCAUUUAUAUAAAUUGGCUGUUGUGCUUGUUGAUGCAUUGACAUGGUCUAGCUGCUUUUGGCCCUAUUGACCUUCCAUACAAUUGUAGCUUGGUGGUUGUAAAUACAACAUGAAUGGACCACUGUGGUGAUAACAGAAAGAGUCUAUGCUGAGGAUCUGGAUGAUCGGCUAUCUUGUAUAGUGCCAUUUGUACCUAUAUAACAUUUCUUGAUUUCUGUUGUGCUUUUGUUUAGUGUGAUUGACUGUGUCAUAUGGAUGACACAUUCUUUCAGACACACUGAAAGUGAUUCAUGGAGGUGCUUGUAUAUAAAUAACACAAUGUGGUAGCAUUACAUGCCACACCCCAACACUAGUACAGACAACUUGUGUCUUUUGGUAAUCCUUUUUCAUGCUUUUUUUUUUUUAGUUCAUAUAGAUGAAUGGAAACAAUUGCUUUAUUUAUUUAAUAGCAGAUCUGUGCCAAGAGGAAAAUCUUUCAUUAAAAGCUGAACUGUUGCUUACUGA